UGUGUCAGAUGUUAAGCAUGUUUUGAUUUGUUCCAGUAGCCGGAUCGAGCUGGGAGAUGUGACGCCACACAACAUUAAGCAGCUGAAGAGGCUAAACCAGGUCAUUUUUCCCGUCAGCUACAAUGACAAGUUCUACAAGGAUGUACUGGAGGUUGGCGAACUAGCCAAAUUAGCCUAUUUCAAUGAUAUUGCUGUGGGAGCGGUGUGCUGUAGGGUGGAUCACUCCCAGAACCAGAAGAGACUCUACAUCAUGACACUCGGAUGCCUGGCACCCUACCGAAGGCUAGGAAUCGGAACUAAAAUGUUGAAUCAUGUCUUAAACAUCUGUGAGAAAGAUGGCACUUUUGACAACAUCUAUCUGCAUGUCCAGAUCAGCAAUGAGUCCGCAAUUGACUUCUACAGAAAGUUUGGCUUUGAGAUCAUUGAGACGAAGAAAAACUACUACAAGAGGAUAGAGCCCGCAGAUGCUCACGUGCUGCAGAAAAACCUCAAAGCCCUUUGUCUUGGCCAGAAUGCAGAUGUGCAAAAGACCGACAACUGAACAAAACCCCAACGAACACUUUCUUGCACUUGCUUGUCGCCAAAUAAGGAAAGAGGCCUCUUUUUUUUUUUUUU